GGGGCUGACACUAGAGGUGGGGUACACGCUCGGAAGCACUGACUAGCAGAGCGCGGUGCGCCAGGGACACCCGACCCCGGCAGCGCCCAGCCCCUCGGAUUGCCAGUCACUGCUCGCUUUGGGGCACGGAGGUGCCCAGUCUUGCGAGGCACCCCACGUCCUGUCGCCGAAAGGGUCCGGGAGUCAGUAUAGUCGGGUUCUAGUCCCCUCACUGGUAAAAACUCCGCCGUGGCCUGGCCUGCUUUUUACCUGGGCCUCAGUUUCCCCAUCCGUAAAAUAAGACGUGUUUUCUCUCUCGAGCGCUAACAUUCCAGAACUUGGAUGGGGUGAAGGGGAGGGAGGAAUGGGCGACCCACAUGUGACCUCCCCGCGCGGAGCCCCGCCUACCCCUGAUCCAGGGGGUGGCAGCUUCGGCCGGGACAGGCGGGGUGGGCGGGACCUAGGAAACCCUACCCGGCCGCCCUUGGCAGCGCCUAAGGCGGAGCGCGCGGCUCUGCAUCCUGCUCGCCCCGGGGUUGGCACCCACGGAGGAUGGGGACCGCACCCUCAGCUUCCCAGGGAGCCACCGUGGAGGCCAGGGCGGCGCAGAGAUACGGCGUGUGACUCGGGGUGCGCCUGGGAGGAUGGAUGAGGGAGCGGGGGACCGCUAACGGGGCUCCCUCUCCGCGCCCCGUCCGCAGAGGCGCACGUCGAGGGUCCCGGGCGGGAUCCGUGGACGUUGGCGGCAGCGCCGAGCGACUCACGGACCAUGAGGAGCGUUCGUGCCGCGCGGACCGAGGCCGGAACGGGGGCUAGCCGCGUCCUGCCGCGCUGAGGCGGCAGGGCCCAGCCGGAGCGCACCGCAAUGGCGAGGGAGGAGUGCAAGGCGUUGCUAGAUGGGCUCAACAAGACGACUGCGUGCUACCACCACCUGGUGCUGACCGUCGGCGGCUCGGCGGACUCGCAGAACCUGCGGCAGGAGCUGCAAAAGACUCGCCAAAAGGCGCAAGAGCUGGCGGUGUCCACCUGCGCCCGGCUGACUGCCGUGCUGCGCGACCGGGGCCUGGCCGCCGACGAGCGCGCGGAGUUCGAGCGUCUGUGGGUGGCCUUCUCGGGCUGCCUGGACCUGCUGGAAGCGGAUAUGCGACGCGCGUUGGAGCUGGGUGCCGCGUUCCCGCUGCACGCGCCUCGGCGGCCGCUGGUGCGCACAGGUGUAGCCGGCGCCUCCUCCGGUGUGGCGGCGCGCGCGCUGAGCACCCGCAGCCUGCGGCUGGAGGCGGAGGGUGACUUCGACGUCGCGGAUCUGCGGGAGCUGGAACGCGAGGUCCUUCAGGUGGGCGAGAUGAUCGACAACAUGGAGAUGAAGGUCAACGUGCCCCGCUGGACCGUGCAAGCCCGGCAAGCGGCGGGCGCCGAGCUCCUGUCCACAGUCAGCGCCGGCCCCUCCUCGGUCAUGUCCGUGGAGGAGCGCGGAGGGGGUUGCGACCCCAGGAAGGCCCUGGCCGCCAUCCUUUUCGGCGCCGUGCUGCUGGCGGCUGUGGCCCUAGCCGUGUGCGUGGCGAAGCUGAGCUGAUGGACAUCCGACGGCCGCCUGCUGCCGCCGCACCCUCCCCAGAGAAAAGACUAUUGGGUGUGGGGUCUGGCCUCUGGAAGGGGAGUGGUCCUAAAACCCCGUGUGUUCAUGGGGACACGCGCGUUUCCAGUGCACAUCUGCCUGGGCAGGAUACGGUUUCCACUUGCUGGCCCAGGAGGAGUUAACUUUGCGCCGGCCGUCAGGGCAUUACCGCUAACGUCUGCAGGAGCUUUAUUCCCUAUUAGUAGAAAACCGUCACAGUGACCCCAGAUCCCUCCGAGUUAAUGAAUUAACAUGUGUGCUGUUGGGGCAUCUUUAUAGGGAGUCCGACUUUGGUGCCCACCCCUGCCAGUGUCAUCCCCUCUCCUCGCGGGACAGUUUGAAAAGGUGGGUGGGGUGGGGUGAAGUUUGGAGAGGGGCGCUUUUUGGUUCUAUGUGGUUGGUCUGUUUCCUGGACAAGAAAAAUUGCAAUCAAAUGUCAGCAGUUUUUAUUACCUUAAUCUUUCAGGACCUAAAUUUAGGAGAGUGUCCUGAGAGCAGUUCAUACAAAGGGCUUUCUCUAAGACGCGCUACAGCGCUUCCUAACAGAGUUUAUCCAUUCGUCCCCAAAAGCAGCUAGAAGAGAUUUGAGGUCAUGACCUCCCACUGCUGCUCAGGGGCUGACCCUAUUUAGGAAACUAAAAAGGGUGGGUUGAACCCACUCUCACGGACUUGGAUCCGGUGCGCACACUUGCCUGCGGAAAGGGGCUCUCCCCAGCCAUCCAGAGAUGGGGGUAAGAGGAAGAGCGGAGGCUUGGGGUGGGGCCACCUGGUGUUUAAACAGGCACUUUCUCCUUCUCUGGGGCUUAUUUUUGUUCCAGAGCUAGACCGGAGUGUUUGAUCCUCCUUUGCAGGAGGGCUGGGAAUCCUCUUUAGAGCACUUAAUCCUAUUUAUCCCCUGGAAUGUGCGUGCUGGCCAGUAGGAGGGCUGGCUUUGGCAGCUCCCUGACCCCCGCGCUGCCCGCCCCUCCGGGGUAAUGUGGCAUUACUGGCCCACAGAGGUUUUGAGCCAAUCAGCUCUGAGACUGGGUUAGAAUGUAACAGCUCUAACUGGGAAUUUAAGAAGGUUUUUAAGAAGCUUUUAAAAAGUAAUAAUCCUCUGAAAGAAAAAUGACGUAACCACAGCGUGUAGUAUAAAAGCUGUUUUUUAAAUAAAGAACGCUGGGCAAUGAAUUAAUA